UGCUUGUCCUGUCCUGUUGUCAUCCAUAGUCCUCAUAGCCACUCGUUCAUUCAGACUGAGACAGGGACCAGAGGUGUAGAUUCAUCCUGGAGUCAGUGGAGCACACAGCAGCAGCACUGCUCAACCUCAGCGCCAACAUGUUGUAUCUGGAGACGGGGACGCCCACGUCGUACAGCGAGUCCCAGUAUACCAACCUGGGGCUGCUGAACAGCAUGGAUCAGAACAUCCAAAAUGGCGGCUCCACCUCCACCAGUCCCUACAACAACGACCAUGUCCAGAACAACGUGUCAGCUCCUUCACCCUACGCCCAGCCCAGCUCCACCUUCGACGCCAUGUCCCCCUCCCCGGCUAUCCCCUCCAACACAGACUACGCCGGGACACACACCUUCGACGUCUCCUUCCAGCAGUCCUCCACAGCCAAGUCUGCCACCUGGACGUACUCUACAGAGCUGAAGAAGCUGUACUGUCAGAUCGCCAAGACGUGUCCCAUCCAGAUCAAGGUGCUGACCAACCCCCCGCAGGGCGCCGUCAUCAGAGCCAUGCCCGUUUACAAGAAGGCAGAGCACGUCACCGAGGUGGUCAAACGCUGCCCCAACCACGAGCUCAGCCGCGAGUUCAACGACGGUCAGAUAGCCCCUCCCAGUCACCUGAUCCGAGUGGAAGGGAACAGUCACUCCCAGUAUCUGGAGGACUCCAUCACGGGCCGUCAGAGUGUGCUGGUCCCCUACGAGCCCCCCCAGGUGGGCACAGAGUUCACCACCAUACUGUAUAACUUCAUGUGCAACUCCAGCUGUGUAGGAGGCAUGAACCGACGCCCUAUCCUCAUCAUCGUCACCCUGGAAGCCAGAGAUGGUCAGGUGCUGGGUCGGCGCUGCUUCGAGGCCAGGAUCUGUGCGUGUCCUGGCCGGGACCGCAAGGCGGACGAGGACAGCAUCCGCAAGCAGCACGUUACUGACGGAACAAAGAGCAGUGAGGGUAUGAAACGUCCCUUCCACCAGGUCUCUCAUGGUAUCCAGAUGUCCUCCAUCAAGAAGAGAAGAUCCACAGAUGAGGAAGUGUUCUGUCUGCCUAUUAAAGGCCGUGAAAUCUAUGAGAUUUUGGUGAAAAUCAAAGAGUCUCUGGAACUCAUGCAGUUUCUGCCUCAGCACACUGUAGAAUCAUACAGACAGCAGCAGCAGAACCUCCUGCAGAAACAAUGGGAUCUCUGGGACGAUGAGAGUAACGGCCUGUACCCUCCUCUCUCCUGCCCCAGGAGCGCCAUGGCCCCCCAGCCCCAGUAUGGCUCCAGCUCCCCUCCUCCACCCCACGGCAAGGUCAACAAGCUCCCCUCCGUCAGCCAGCUCAUCAACCCCCAGCAACGCAACACCCUCACCCCCUCCUCCAUGGCCCAAGGCCUGACUGACAUGACUCCGAUGAUGGGUCACAUGCCAAUGAAUGCUGACAUGUCGGCCCUGAGCCCCGCCCACAUCCUGCAGCCCCAGUUACCCAUGGUGCCCAGCUCCCACUGCACCCCCCCGCCUCCCUACCCCAUGGACAGCAGCAUCUCCAGCUUUCUUUUGCGGCUGGGCUGCGCAGCCUGCCUGGACUGUUUCACAGCACAGGGCCUGACCAACAUCUACCAGAUCGAGAACUAUAACUUGGAGGACCUGUCCCGACUGAAGAUCCCGCAGGAGUUCCAGCACGUCAUCUGGAAGGGCAUCAUGGAGCACCGGCAGAGCAUGGAGUUCUCCCCUCCUCCGCACAUCCUGCGUACCUCCAGCGGGGCCUCCGCCGUCAGCGUAGGGUCCUCCGAGGCCCGCGGCGAGCGGGUCAUCGACGCCGUGCGCUUCACCCUGCGCCAGACCAUCUCCUUCCCUCCGCGUGACGACUGGUCCGACUUCUCCUUCGAUCUGGACUCCCGACGCAACAAGCAGCAGCGCAUCAAAGAGGAGGGGGAAUAGAAAAACUCUCACACUCCGGAUGGAAUUUCAAUCUAAGGUGCACUGUUGACAAGCGCACUGUACCAAUGGGUCUGUAAAAGGGCCAUUUUCCUGUCGUUCAGAGAUCACUUUUACAGUAAACGCUGGGAAUGUCGGCUCACGCGCACAUUAAAAGUCGAGUGCGGUACGCUUGUCGGCAAUGGGCCUUGGAUUGAAGCCCCUGCCUCUGUCACACACCUGUUGACCAACCACUCUCGUAUCACGGUACAGAACUAGGAAUUCUCUGUGCUCUGGGUCCGGUUUCCUCAAAAGCAUCUAAGUUCAUUGUUAGAACAACCCUCGUUUUGGAGCAGAACACAAAAACCAUUGUUGGAAGUUGUUUAGCGACCUGCCUCAGACCUGACUUACAUCGCUAGCGGGAAACUGGACCCUGGUCCUUAGUUCAGAUAUCCUAAAUAGCAAAAUACUAUGCAAAUAAAAAUGCACUUAUUUUAUGGUUUUAGAAAAUCCUUCCAUAGCUGCCAGCUAGAGGAUGAGACAAAUUAUGGUUUUAGAAAAGAUACAUUUCAUAAUUUUUCAACAACAAAAAAAAAUAUCAAAUUUCUUGAGACAAAACUCUUAAAAUGCUUUUUGUGAUUUGCUUUGAUAUUGUUUUAAUAGGUUCUCUAAUCCAUUCCGAUGUUAAAGCAUGAGAGGAAACCUUUUGGGGGAUUUGUUGUUGAUGCUGGGCCAUAGAAGGUGUAUGGCCAGGAUUCAAUCCAAAGUGCGUUACGACAGAUGAGACCUUCAAAAUUAUAAAGAUAGAAAAAUGUAUUGAUGUAGGUGCUUCUGUCUUGCUGUUGACUCACUUAGCAAACAUCUGUCAACUGCUACCAUUUCAUAAAUAAAUUAUAAACGAAUUCACAAAUAUUGCAAAAAAAAAACAACAGGAUAUACACUGUGGACAGUUUAUUAGGUACACCCAUCUAGUACCGGGUCAGACCCUUUUUGCCUCCAGAACAGCCUGAAUUCUUCAGGAAAUUGAUUGUGUGGUGUUCAAACGUUGCUCAAUUGGUAUCAAGAGACCUAAACGUGUGGCAGCCUGUACUGGGGGGCGAUGAGUACCUGCCAAAUCCUGCCACCAGCCUGUACUGGGGGGCGAUGAGUACCUGCCAAAUCCUGACACCAGCCUGUACUGGGGGGCGAUGAGUAUCUGCCAAACCCUGACACUGCCACCAGCCUGUACUGGGGGGCGAUGAGUAUCUGCCAAACCCUGACACUGCCACCAGCCUGUACUGGGGGGCGAUGAGUUUCUGCCAAACCCUGACACUGCCACCAGCCUGUACUGGGGGGCGAUGAGUUUCUGCCAAAUCCUGCCACCAGCCUGUACUGGGGGGCGAUGAGUACCUGCCUAAUCCUGACACUGCCACCAGCCUGUACUGGGGGGGGCGAUGAGUUUCUGCCAAACCCUGACACUGCCACCAGCCUGUACUGGGGGGGGCGAUGAGUUUCUGCCAAACCCUGACACUGCCACCAGCCUGUACUGGGGGCGAUGAGUAUCUGCCAAACCCUGACACUGCCACCAGCCUGUACUGGGGGGGCGAUGAGUUUCUGCCAAACCCUGACACUGCCACCAGCCUGUACUGGGGGGGCGAUGAGUUUCUGCCAAACCCUGACACUGCCACCAGCCUGUAC